GGGGUAUUGCUCCCCCCGCCCCCCUCGCUCUUCCGGUUGGCUGUUCAUUUUUCGGUCUUUCUCCCUCGUUUUGCUGAGUGCAGGUUCUCUCCAUGGACCACGAUCGCGAUCGCGGCCGCAGCAGCAGCGCGAACCAGGAUCGCGAUCGUGGAGGAGGUGGUUUCUAUGGGGAUCGCCGUCGGGAACCGUCGCGUGAGUACCGUGUUGCGCCGGGAGGGGGCGGGGGGAGCGGGGCAGGUACAGGGGGCGGAGCGGGGAGCCGAGACAGUCACUGGAGUUUGCGUGGGGAGGCGAGUUACUCUACCGCUCCCCACGGGGGCGGCGCGGGCGAGCGCAGCGCCGGCAGAAACUCCGACCAUGGCGGCGACCCCUUCCGCUGCGCUUAUCCCGCCGCCCCACCGCUGAAGAUUCCCGGGGAGAGAUGCAGCACGAGCGGCGGGGGCAGCAGCAGUCGGCUCUCCCUCCCCAACCGAAUCGGCGCGGGCGCGGGGGUGGGGGAACGGGACACUUGUCCAGACAGAAUGGCGGGUGGUGGUGGUGGUGGUCGUGUCCGCGGAGGAGGCGGAGGACUUGCGCCUCCGCCGCCGCCUCCACCUCCGCCGCCGCCGCCGCUUUCCUGCAGCAGCAGCAGCAGCAGCAGCACCAGCGCUCGCUCCCAGUUACCCGAGAGCAGCCAGCGAUGGCGCAGAGCUCCCCCUGGCGCUGGCAUCUUGGGCAGGGGGGAUUAUUCCCCCGCCGCUGCCGCCGCCGCCGCCGCCGCCGCCUCCUCCGCCUCCGCCGCCGCCGGCUGCUACGGCGGCGGGUACGACUUCGAUCGCACGGAUUGCCUCCCUGAUGAGUGUCUAAUUAAGAUCUUCGAGUGCUUGGUGACAUCCGCGGAGGCCAUGGCGUCCAUCUCUCUCGUGUGCCGUCGCUGGCACAAGCUGGCGUCGGAGACCAACACCCGCCUGUGCUUCUCUUGGAGGUCGGAGUUCGUGGAGAAGCGCGCCGAUUUGUGUCUGGACAAGCUGAUCACGCGCAGGUUCCCCUCGCUGACGUGUCUCAUCGUUCAGGAAGAGUGCCCGCCCUCCUGCGGUUCUUCCUGCAGUUCCGGCCACGCGGACCGACCGCUGGGCGCCGGGGUCACCGACCGGUCGGCCAGGCUGAUUGCCACCUGUUUGGGUCGCCGCCUUCGUCAUCUGGAGCUCCACGGCUGCGCCUCCGUCUCCUCGCGCGGCUUAGAGCUGAUGCUCCGCCAUUGCGCGGGGCUGGAGGUCCUGCGCCUGGAGCUGCGCUCGAACAAGAUCGUGCAGUACGCGUCGGGGCGGAGGGAGAUGACGGACAAGCUGGACGACGGGGUGGUGGAGGCGAUCUGCCAGCUGACGAAUCUGACGGAGCUGAGCCUGCUGCACCCGCAGGUGAGCCUGUCGGCGGGGGGAAUCACGGCGGGGAGGCUGUCGGAGAUCCUGCGUCGCAGCGCGAGCUUGCGCCGGCUGAGCGCGGACAUCAACGUGUGGGAUACCGACCUGGACGUGGCGCAGGCCCUCUCCGACGGCUUCCAGCUGCAAGAGCUCUGCUUGUCGGGAUGCAGGCAGUCGCCCUGGCACUCGCUGCCGGCCAUCGGACAGUCGUGCAAGCAGCUGCGCAGCCUGCAUCUGCAAGCCUGCAAGGUCUCCCGCGUGGGCUUGGAGGUGGUUCUGAGGGGCUGCGCCGUGCUGCAGAGCCUCCACGUGGUCCACUGCAUGCGCGCCGAUCGGCGCAACGAGAGCCUGCUCCCCUUCCCCGAGCUCCUCUGCCCCGCCAUCUCCGACCUCAAGCUCGUCUCCUCCGACGCCUUCACCUCCCUGACAGCCAUAGCCACUUCCUGCACGUCGCUUCAGCGCCUCAUCCUGUCCACCAACUGCCACGUGCGCGGCCUGCGCCGGUUCAACGACGGCCUCUGCGUGCUGGCGGGCAACUGCCCCGCGCUGCGGGUGCUAGAGAUCCCCUCCGACCUCUUCGAGAAACACGUGGUCAAGAUCAACGGCCGCGCCUUGCUCGCCUUCAAGGAGAGGUGCCACUCCCUGCUCCAGCUCUCUCUCUCCGGCUGCGUCAUCGACUUCCGCCGCCAUAUCCCUCUCUUCGUCAACCUGCGCAAGCUCGACUUCGGCUUCACCUCCCUCCAGCAUCUCGACAACUGGACCUCAAUGCGCGCCAUCCUGACCGUCAAUCCGGGCCUCUGCCACUUGUGCAUCACGGCCAACGAGGAGAUACUCCAUGUCAUCAGCCGCCACUGCCCCAAAGUGGAGUUCCUGCAGAUCACCUUCAACUGGGGGGAGACGAUCACCGAGGGCAUGCAGCAGGUGGUGGCCAAUUGCCUGAACCUGACCGAGAUCCGGAUCAGAGGGAACGUCGCGAGAUGGUCAGAAGUGAUUGCGGCAUUGGGAGGAAGACCGACUUUGAGGAUACUCUCUCUGCACUCUUUCGUCCCGACCAAGGAGAUCUUCGAGUCCAUAGCCUGCUACUGCACAGGGCUCACGGAAUUGGAAUUCAAGACCCCGUUUUGGGGGAACGUCAGCUUGAGCGCCGUCAUGUUCGAUGACGACACCUUAGGCCUGUUGGCAAGGAGCCUGAAGAGGCUGCAGGUCCUCAGAACUGUCUUCCCGCGCCUCCACUUCCACUCCCCUGCAGCUGACAAGCUCAGGGUUUGGACAGGCCUCUCUAGAAUCAACCCCAGCAUCAAACACCUACCCCUUUGCCCUUAUCCCUAGGUAACAAGUAUCUCAGAAGAUCCUUGUGGAUAUGCAUUGUUUUCAAUUACAUUAUUUAUUUAUGUAAUUAGUAAAUAAUAAAUAAACACACACGCA